GUCCCUUUUCAAAACACGAAUUUCACAUGCGGUUCUCCACUUAAAACUCCACGUUCCGGAUUAAAAAAAUUGGCCAAAAUGAAGAAAAAACCGGUCACCCUUUCGGAUAAGAUCAAUAAACUGUUCGACCCGGACGCCGGGCCGGAGUAUUCGGAUGAUUCAGGCUCGGACGAAGCGGCACCAAAGUUCAGUGAGUUCGACGAACUUCCGGAGACGACGGGCGGAACCGGGUUGAGUGAAAUCCGUAAGCGCAACGUGCAGCUCCUGGAGGACAUCGAUCAAAAGUACGGGGGAGCGGUUUCGUCUCGGAAGGAAGCGUUCGGUGAGGAUGAGGAUUACUUCCGAGAUGAAGACGAUGGCGAUGAGGACGAUGAUGGGGAAGAAGAGGACGAGGAGGAUGAUUUUGGAGAAGAUGACGACGAGGACGAGGAAGAGGAAGAGCAGCCCACGGUAAAGCAAGGAUCUAUUUUGCGCCUGAAGCCACCACAAAGUGAUGAUGACGAUAGCGGAGAAGGCGAUUCCGACGAAAAUGGUUCCGACGAGGCAAGCGACAACGAGUCGGAUGAGCAGGAUGAAUCCUUUGCUACGUACCUACAACAGUCCCAAGCUCAACCGGCACCGAAGACUAAGCUGCUCACUGAAGAGAAUCGCCAGGAAACGAUUGGCAAAGGACUGGCGGUACAGAACCAGUUGAAGCUGUGGGAACGUAUGCUCGAGAUGCGCAUCAAGCUCCAGCCAUGCGUUAUAGCGGCCAACAGCUUACCGCCGGUUGACAGCUACGACAGAUUCUCCCGGGAAAACAACGAAUUUCGUGAAAAGGCAAGCGAAACAACUAAAACCAUCACCGAUGCGCUCGACAACCUGCUGAAGCUGCAGGAGAUGCUGUUCGAUCAGUUUUCCGAAACCAAACAGCUCCUGAAGACGGGUUCGAAGCGGAAAGCAUUACAAUCACGAUUGCAUUCCGGUGGCAAACGGAGCGCCGUGGAAGAAUACGAAAAAUGCCUUGCGGGCCGAGCGCACGAUACGGUCGACUAUCGGAACGGGGUACUGAUGAAGUGGCAUGAUCGUACAAAGAUCGCUUCUAGCGUGCGAAACCAAAAGCAAUCGUUGUCGGUGCUGAAGAAAAUCGAGGACAGUCUCAUCAACCGAGAGGAACUUGUGCGCAAAACGCAACUCUACCGUGGUGGCUAUCAGCGACUCGGACGUCCUACGUCGGACUGCGAUCCAUCCAAACCAUCCGGUCAAACGGAGGAAAAACAGCCAACCGAUCAUCCAGAGGAGGACGAUGAUCAGCCAGCGGAAGCGAAACCUGUAUAUGAUGAGGAAAUCUAUGAAGACUCCGAUUUCUACCAUCAGCUGCUGCGUGAGCUCAUCGAGUACAAAACGAACACCACCGAUAGCCCACAGGAGAUCGCUAACAAGCUGGCGGAACUGCAGAAGCUUAGGAAUAAGAUGAAAAAGAAUGUAGACACAAAAGCCACCAAGGGACGGAAGAUAAGGUACGUGGUACACAAAAAGUUGGUUAACUUUAUGGCCCCCAUACCGGACUACGAUUGGACGGAUGAUGCGAAGGAUGAGUUGUUUGGGUCUCUGUUUGGCAAAAUUCCAACCACGGCAACGGAAUGAUGAGCUAAGCAAGGUGUGCAAUCGGCGAAAGAGUCCAAUAAAUUGUUUCCAUGUUUUGCACAAA